ACUCGACAGUUUUUCAAACCAAGAACCGCUGCUCGCCGUGGUUGAGCAUCAAGGCAGAUGUCAUUCAGUUUCGACGGGCAGCAGUAGGUGUGUUGAUGUCAACGAAACAUCUUAGAACGCUUUCGAAUGGGGACCAUCAUUAAUUGCGACUGCGAGUGAUAUGAUGAAGAAUAUAGGAAAUAAUCCAAUUCAUAAACACCAAGCUAACCACAUACGAGCGAAGAACAAGAGGGGCAACUGGCUGGCGGUGAUUUUGUUCCGAAUUUCGCGACGCGACUUUGGGUUUUGCCUGACAGCUCUGUUUAUGUUUUGUUUGGGUUCCAUUUGUUGGCAACUGAACGGCGGCCCUCCAAAUCUCCUCCAAGGUAUUCGCUAUUAUUUUGGACAGUCAACGUUUACAGACGAUCAUGGACCCAUAGCCCCAAAAUUGCAGGUCCUGCCGUUCCCCAGCAAGGUGGUGUACAACCGUGUAGGCAAGUGUGGCAGUCGAACCAUCGUCCUGCUGCUGCGCAUCUUGGCCGAUCGGCAGCAGUUCACCUUGGUCUCCUCAGACAUCCACAACAAGACCAGACUCACCAAGCAUGAGCAGGGAACUCUCGUGAGAAACAUCAGUGAGAUUCCACAACCAUUCCUCUAUACACGGCACGUGCACUUUCUCAACUUCACUAGGUUCAGGAUAGAUGAACCUGUGUACAUCAACAUCAUCAGAGAUCCCAUCAACCGGUUCCUUUCCAACUACUUCUUCCGGCGCUUUGGGGACUGGCGCGGGGAAGAGAACCACCUGGUACGGACACCUGGCAUGAAGGAUGAGGAGAGAUACCUGGAUAUAAACACUUGCAUCCUGGAAAACUACCCAGAGUGCUCCAACCCUCGCCUCUUCUAUAUCAUCCCAUACUUCUGUGGUCAGCAUCCGCAAUGCAGGGAACCAAGUCAAUGGGCUCUGGAGAAGGCCAAGCAGAACGUUCUGGAACACUAUCUGCUGGUGGGCGUUCUGGAAGAGCUGGAGGACGUGCUGCUGCUCCUGGAACGCCUCCUGCCGCACUUCUUCUCUGAUGUCCUCAACAUCUACCAUAGUCCUGAGUACAAGAAGCUGGGUAACCUGACGGGAACUGUUCGCAAGCACACCCCAAGCCUGGAGGCUUUGCAGGUGCUGUACCAGCGCAUGGAGCACGAGUACAUCUUCUACAACUUCGUCCGAGACCUAUUCCACCUCACCAAGAGGAAGAUAGGCAUGCGCUCUGGUCCCCGCCCCUCAAGACGACACCGUAGCCCCGACCCCAAAGAGCAGGAGGAAGAGCAAGAGGAGGAAGAGCAGAACUGAGCCAAGCAGGCGUAGUCUCUCUUAUAGGGUUUUCAGGCCGAUCAGAACGGAGCCGGUGCCAGUGCCCGCACCAGUUGCGUUCGGAACCAAAGUGCUUAUAUGCGAACUGCCUGUGUUCAUACUGGACUCUGAACUUUUUCCGCACGUGACAGCCACAUUGUCGUCAUGGUUCGCAGAGAAAAAAAACAAGCAUUUUACGGUUCGGGAACGCUAAGAUCUGCGGCGUGAACACACCAGCCGGUUCGCAAUUAGGUGCGGGAACGGGCACAGGCACAGUUCUCAGUCGGCCUGAAUGCGCCCUUAGUGCAGGUGGGCCUUAGCCUGAUUAUCAUCGACAUUCAAAUCUCUUUCAGACUUGGUCUGACCAAGAGCAUAACAAUUAACAUUUCCCAAACGGCAUGGAUGACCCGCCUUCCUUGGUUUGCUUAUGGCUGUUUGCUUACCGACAAAGUGGGAGGAGUUCCCUUAUUUUCGGGAACUCAGAAAGUACUUGCAUUGCUCUUGACCUGACUAGUUGCAACGCUG